AUGAACAACUAUCAAUGGUGCUCCACUCGAUCCAAACCUACAAAAUCUGCUAGGAUUUAUAGUCUUAAUGCAGUAAUAUCCUUGGCAAUGCAAGUUGAAGCCUUAGGAAAGAAGAUUGAUGGUUUAUCUGUUAACCAUCCAGUUGCUUCGGUGAUGAGAUGUGAUAUUUAUGGAGGAGGCCACCCUAAUCAUGAGUGUCGAGCUACUCAAGAAGAACAUGCCAAUGUGAUAGCAAACAGACCACUGUAUCAAAAUUAUAAUGGCAUGAAUAAUCUGGGUUGGAGGAACUACGCAAACCCACCAUGGAACAACAACCAACAUCCAAUGCGGAACAACACACCCUCAGGAUAUCAACAAGCCCCAUAUCCACCACCACCAACAGUUGAAAAGAAGUCAAACCUUGAAGAGCUGAUGACCAAAUUCAUUCAAACUUCAGAAUCUCGAUUUCUAUCCACUGAGACAGCACUAAGGCAUCAACAAGCCUCAAUCCAUAACCUAGAAAACCAGUUGGGUCAAAUUUCUAGACUCCUCUCAGAAAGACCCCAAGGAAGCCUACCUAGUAGUAUCGAGACAAAUCCUAAGGAGCAGGUCAAGGUAGUAACAUUAAGGAGUGGCAGAACAUUACAAGAGAAGAUGAAGCAAGAAAUAGAAAAGGAUGCAGUUGAAGAGGAAGAUAAAUGUCAAGAGGAGACUAUGGAAAAGCUCCCUGUAGUGAAAGAAUUCAUACCCCCACUUCCCUACCCAGCAAGAUUGAAGAAAGACAAGGAUGAUGAACAAUUUGGUAAAUUUCUGUCCUUAUUUCGUCAACUUCAUAUUAAUUUGCUAUUUGUUGAUGUCUUGGCAAAGAUGCCCAAAUACGCCAAAUUUCUGAAGGAUCUCCUAUCCAACAACAAGAAGCUAGAGGAGUUAGCCACGGUAACUCUGAAUGAAGAAUGCUCGGCAAUCCUGCAAAAUAAGAUACUUGAAAAAUUAAAGGAUCCAGGGAGUUUUACUCUUCCUUGUCUCAUUGGUAGAUUGAUAGUUGAUAAGGCUUUAGCUGAUCUAGGUGCUAGCAUUAAUUUGAUGCCAUAUUCUAUUUUUAAGAAAUUAGGUUUGGGAGAACCUAGGCUAACUAGAAUGAAUAUUCAACUAGUUGAUAGGUCAAUUAAGUAUCCUAGGGGUAUCAUUGAGGAUGUGCUUGUGAAAGUGGACAAAAUUAUUUUUCCUGUUAAUUUUGUGAUUCUUGAUAUGGAUGAGGACACUAAAGUCCCCUUAAUCUUAGGUCAUCCAUUUUUAGCUACUACAAAAGCCAUAAUUGAUGUGAGUGAUGGAAAGUUAAUUUUGAGAGUUGGAGAUGACAAGGUUACUUUCAAAAUUCUUGAAGUAAUGAAAAAGUCCUUAAAAUAA